UCAAUCUUUCUCUUCAAAUUAUGUUGGCAAACAAUUUUAAUAAUCCGUAUUUCUCCUCCGAACAAAACCAUGCAUGGUUUGAUUCUAGUUUUGAUGAUAUAAAUUUUGCCAGUAAAGAGAAGUUGGAGAUGAGAGAUGGCGAUAAUUCAAGGUCUCAUUGUCCCAGAGGUAAACCACAAGUACAGGUAAGCAAUAAGAGAAUAAGAAGUAAUAAUGGAAGGGGCAUUGGUUGUGGUGGUGGUGAAUCUGUGCAUGAGAUGCAUAUACUGACUGAGAGAGAAAGGAGGAAAAAGAUGAGAAACAUGUUUUCGAAUCUUCAUGCUUUGCUUCCUCGUCUUCCUGCUAAGGCAGAUAAGUCCACCAUUGUUGAUGAAGCUGUAAAAUAUAUUAAAACCCUUCAACAAACCCUCCAAGCGCUUCAAAAACAAAGGCUUGAAAAGCUCCAAAGUGCUACUGCUGUUGAUUAUGAACAAUCAAUUAUCACGUCUUCAAAGGUAACAGCACUGGGUUCAAGAGAAUCAUAUUUGGCUGAUCAGGGACCACCACCAAAGAACUUGUCAAUGCCCACAACCACGCCUCACUCGUUUCAAGUCCCCAAUUCUCCAGCUUGCUUUCAGACGUGGUUUUCACCGAAUGUAAUGGUGAAUACGUGUGGGGAUGAUGCACAAAUCAGCUUGUGUUCACCAAGAAAGACAGGGUUGUUGGCCACCAUUCUCUGCAUACUGGAAAAACAUAAUUUGGACCUGGUGUCUGCUAAUAUUUCCUCCGAUAACUACCGUAGCUUGUACAUGAUCCAUGCCCAUGCAAGUAGAGCUCAUCAAUUUCCGGAGGCCAUAUCGGUAGAGGAAAUAUUCAAACUAGCAGUAGGGGAGAUGAACUUAUGGCUCUUGACGUCUUGAUGCAUAAGUUAACCAUGAAGAACACAACAGAUAUUUAACCAAAUGGUCCAUUACUUUUUAUAAAACAACAUUUGAAAUGAUUUCUUCGUUAAUAUAUGAAAUUUCUAAUUCA